GUUACUUUGAAUUCGGCGCCGCAAAUGGCCGCCUCAGUCGAGCGGUGGCCUGGGUCUACUUCGGCCGCAGGGCGCGGAGGGUCCGAGGGCCGCCGUUUCGGAGCCAGGUAACUAGAGUCUGUCAAAAUGGAGAGGAUUUAUUGUGAAACAAAUGAGGAAAAAGACUUCACAGAUGGUACAAUUAAAAGAAGAAUUUCCUCAAUUUUGAAAGCUCCCAGAACUCCUCUUCAAGACUUAGGGAGUGGAAAUGAGUUAAUUCAGGACUGCAAUAUAGAGAAGCGUCAGAAAAACUCGAGGCGUGUCAGUUUUGCAGAUACAAUACGGGUCUUCCCACCAGAAUCUCAAGUCACUGUGGAAUUAAAGCAUGCAGAAACAGUAGGAGAGCUGAGAGACCAAGAUCUUUUUAAUGAAAAUGAAGAUCCAGAAGUUGUCUCAUGUGAGAUCACUGGGAUGAACACUUUACUUCAUGCCCCCAUCCAGACAUCUUUGCAGCAAACAGAGUGUUCUGAUGCAAAAACUGAUCAAGAAUGGAACAAAAUGAAUAGAACACUCAUCUUUUCAGAGGAAAAUGAAAUGGACAUGACAUCUGGGCACACAUAUGACAUUGGAAUCUAUCAAGAAACUGACAAGACCAAGAAAAUAAAUUUGAAAUCAUUUUCAGAUGAUUUAAAAUCAGAAAAGGAAGUUUCACAAAUUAAUGAAUUUAGUUUCUUUGGUGGCCCUUCCAAAAUAAAAGGUACUGGUUUAUCUCAACAAAUGAUGAACAUUGAAAAUGCACCGAAAAUUGACUUUGGUGACUUCUUGAAAAGCUUGAAGUCUGUAAAUAAGCUUCCAACUGGAGUUCCAGAAAGAAACAUUUGUUCUUCAGAGGAAAAUGUAUAUUCCCAUUUGCAUGAGGAAAGCUGCAACACAACCUCUGCCUUUGGAGCACUUCAAAAUAAUAGGCAAAACCGUAUACCAUCUAUACUUUCUAAUGAAACUGCUGUCACACUUGCUUCAAAGCAGUUAGCUUCUGGACAAGAAAAUGUGGGCAUGAUUAUUACCAAUAUGGAAAGUGUUUUGCCACCUGAAACUAGCUUACUUAAUGCAAUAAAUUCCAAAGAGAAUCUCUGGAGGGAUUGCUCAGUCAAUUAUAACAAGAACAGUGGUAGUAGAUUAAAAGCUUCUAGGGGUCAACUUGGUGUUCAAGAGGACCAAAGUAUGUGUGCCAAUGAAAUAACUGUGAACCAUAUAGAACAAAUUGCUGAUAAAUAUAUUAAGAUAAAGAAAGAUGACUCAUUGGUUUAUGAAAAUGGUAUAAUGCCUGUGCCCAUUGGUUCUGUCACUUCUAUGCCUAUUCUCCAUGCAGACAAAACUAUUGCUUUUUCUAUCUUUAGUGCAGAUAUGGAACUGACAAAGAAUUGCACAGAUUUAUCCUGGGAGGGAAAUUCCAAGGAAACAGGCUAUCCUGCUCAUGGAGAUUUUGUGAAAGAGAGAAAUAAUGUCUCUAGAUUAAUGGAAGGAACUAUUUUUCAAGAAGAGGAUAUGGACAUCACAAACAAUCAAGUUUCUGCAAACUCUUAUCUAAAGAGUACCCAACAUUCUAUUUUCAAUGAAAGAGCUGUUCCAACUCAAGAAGCUACUUAUAGUAAAAUGGAUCAAAAUCCAGGAAUACAGAGUGGUCCUCAGACAUCCUACCUUCCUAAGAGGAAGGAAUGCAAUCGCCACCUUGGUGAUGAACCAAGCACAGGAUCUGUUUUCUUUCUUAAUAAUAGCAGUUUAAAAAGUCAAGUUACAAAGAAUUCUGGAAGUCAAGCAGAGCAUCAGUUUCUUUCCCUGUCUAGUGACAUUAUGCAACAGGCUCAUACAACACAAGGGGAAAAUAAAAUUAAUAUAAAAAGUGGACUUUCAAAUAAUGCAUUAUCCUCAAUUCCUCAAGAUAAAACUACUACAUUUCAUUUCAGGGAGAGUAUGGAAAUAACUAGACCUACAGCUUAUUUAAGAAAUAAUUCUCUGAGUGCUGCAAAAUUCCAUACUAUGCCUCAGCAAGGAAUGGGAAGUGAUAAUAAAAAUGUAACAGGAUCAAACUGUAAUAAGACUGUUGUAUUUUCCCUAAGUAAAGACCAUGAAAUGGAGAUUAACAAGAGCUAUACAGUGCCAAUAAACUAUGAUAUGCAACAGAGUAAGAGAACUCCUCAAGCACUCUCUCUACUAUCAAUGGAUGAACCUCUUCAUGUGUUUAAUAAUGAUAUGGACGAGACUAAAGCUAUAAAAGGCAUGAUAGAUCAAGUUAUGGAAAGCCAUAGUGACCAAGCUAUACAAAAACAAAGUAAUGAAUCUGAGAGAAGGACACUUACUGGAUCAACCAAAGAUAGGACUGUUGUAUUUUCAUUCAGUGAUGAGAAUGAACUUGAAAUUACACAGAGCCAUACAGUGGCAUUACAACAUGAUGCUGUCACCAAAGACAAAGACAUUCCUAUUUCAUCAGCUCUGCCUUCAAAUAAAACUUCCAUGUUUACAAUUGGUGAGAAUAUGGAGAUAAGUAAGCCUGUUGAAUAUGUAACUGAAAAAUCUCUGAAGAAGUUAGAUGAUUCCUGUCCUAUGCUAGAUCAGAAUACAGGACUUGGUAAGAAAAGAGUAACUGGAUCAGCUAAUGAAAAAACUGGAUCUGCCCUGAUUGAAAGCAGUGACACAAAACUUACAAAGAGCUUUACAGUACCAGUAGAAGGAACUCCUCAAUUACUCCCCCUAAUUUCUGAAGAGAAAACCAGCAUGUCUGUACAUAGUGGUUAUAUGACAAUGAGGAAAUCCACAGUUUUUGUUCCAGCAGAUAAAACUAUGCUGUUUAUGCACAAUAACAACAUGGAAAUAACUAAGCCCAUAACAUAUACAUCUUUGAAAGAUACCAGUGUCAAAGGUUUGCAAAUGGAAAAAGAAGAAACUAGCAAUGUGGUUCUACCAGAAAGAGCCAAGGAAGAGACUACUGUGUAUUUGCAUGAAGACAAUGAAAUUGAGAUUACAAGGAGCCACACCGUGACAGUAAACCAUGAUAUUCUCCAAAAAGUCAAGGUAACCCCUCAAGGACUGGUUUUAGGUUCUGCAGAAAAAAAACAUGCAUUUGCACACCUGAGUGAUGUAACAAUUCAGUCUAAAACAUUUGUUCCUGCAGAUGAAACAUUUAUGUACAAUAGUGAUAUGGAAAUAACAAAACCUCUAUCAAAUGCAUUUCUCAAAAAUAGCUGUUUCACAUCUUUGUCACAGAAAGGAAAAGAGAUUAGGAAGACCACAUUACCAGGCUCAAAUAAAGAUGAUACUAUGGUUUUUUCACAGUGUGAUGCUGAAAUGGAGAUUACAAAGUGCCAUUCAGUGGCAGUUACUCGUGGCAUUGUAUCUCAAUAUGAAAGGAAUCUGCAAGAAUUAUUUUUUAAGGAUAAUAUGAAUACUACAGGAUCUCAUACUAUUAGUAAAGAAAAUGUGUAUAAGAGCUUGAUAAAACCAGGAAAGCAUGCUGAAAGGGAACUCUCUCCAAACAAAAUGGUGGCUGAUGAGACAAGUGUCAAUAAAAGUCAUACUAUAACACUUAAUAACAAAUCAGAUCUGCCUUGUGAACCAACCAUCCAAGCUAAGCUCCCUUUUCCUGUUGGCACAACAUGUACAGUCACAUCUUACCAGGAUAGCAUAAAGGCCAAUAACUUUCCACCUAAAACUACCCAUGGUGGAAACCUAGAGGAAAGCGAGAAAAGAGAAAUGCCAAAUGAAGACCUAAAACAGAGUUUGAAUCAAGUCUUUUUGCAUACAUGUGAUGGGAAAAUACAGGAUGUAGAUGUUACAAAAUAUCACACAGUUUCCAUUUAUGGUUGUAAUAAUGAUGGGCCUGGUGCUGAAAAAGAGAUACUAAACUCCUUCACAAAGUCCACAGAAAAGACAGUUGUUUUUUCAGAUGGUAAUAACAAGGAAAUGACUCAAAACUACACAACAGGAAUUGAAGUUAUGCACAUGAAUGGUAACAAUGAAUGCCAUCCAAAUUCUGAAGCCAGAUUUAGCACUGAAAUUCCUGCUUUGGCUAGUGUGUAUGGGGAAAAACUAGAUAUUGCUAAACCUGAGAAAAAUCCAUCAGACACAUCUAUUUGUCCUGCCAGUGUGAUGCUACCUGUAUGUCUAAAUACUGAACUAGAGCACCAAGACUAUUUGAAAAUUAAAGAGAACCAACUAGAAUUGUGUACACCUAAUAUUAAUAAUUUGGAGAAAGGUCUUACAUUAGAUAUUGUUUCAAAUGAAAGAAAUGAUUUCAUGUUUCCAACCGUGGAUCCAAUAUUAUCUAAAGAAACUACCCUUGGCUUAAACACAGAAAAAAUGUCUAUUUUGGUUAGUGAAAUGGAGAGUCUGAGAAAUGAUCCAAGGAAGUUGUCUCAGUCAAAGCAGGAAGCUAGCCCCUCCGGAGAAACAGAUGUAUUUCCAUUUGAUGAUAAAGUAAGAACGAAAUAUGAGAAAGAAUUGUGUGAAUGGGCUGGUAUUACAAAAGACUGGCAAAAUAACUUGGAAUCCCCUACCAUCAAUACAUUUUCUUCAGAGAAAAAGCCAGUACUUUUAUCUGAACUAUCUGGUGUUUACAACUCCUGCCAAAAGUUCAAAGACACUGAGAAGAAAUCAGGACUUGUUUUACUCACUCAAGAUGUGUCCAAUCUUGAGGAGGCAUUGCCCAAAUUGACAAUGAAGCCAGAUGAUCUCCUGAGUUUGAAAGAAGAUCUUAAAAAAGAAUUGGAUAUUGUUGCCUCUACAGAAUGGACAAAUACUGGUUUUACAGAGGCUGCUUCUGUUAAUGUACCUUUAAAUACUAUGCAUACAGAAGGGCGUAACUUUAAAAAAUUGCCUUUGGGUAUCUUUCCAGCUAAGCUGCCAAAUAAAAGAAAGUCUACGCUUUCCAAUGUAGAAUGUACUAUUGCCAGAUCAGAAGAGAGAAGAGAAACUCAAAAUUCAAACGUUUCUCUGCUUAUUAAAAGAUUCUCUGACAAAAUCACACAAAACUCAAGUCCAUCCUGUUACAUAAAUGAAGAAUUGCUUCCUGCAUAUGUAGAAGAAAUGGAUUCUAAUGAGUCUUUAAGUUAUGACAUGCCAGAAAAGCUUUAUGGUGUAAGGAUAGAUAAAGAAAUUACCGGUGAUGAAGGCUGUCGGUCUGAAGGAUUUGAAACUAAUAAGAGACAAAGGACUUCAAAUCAAGGAGAUGAGGAACUUCAAACAGAAAAGAAGUUCAAGGUAGAUGAGAGCUGGAGCGGUGUUGCAGAUUUAAAGCAGCCUCUUUGCAGCACAGUCAUAGCUCAUAACAAUGGAGAAACUCAAGGUAAAAAUGUUCCGGAACUGAUACCUGUGAAUCUGGAAAAGACACAAAGCAGCAACAGCAGUUCUCUGAAUUCAGUUAAGAUUGAUACAGACUUCAGUAUUCAACGAAACAGUGAGAUGGAAACUCAGUUUCUCGAGGACAGUAUUUGUGAACAAAAUUUGCGGGAGAAAUUACAGGAGGGUACCAUAACAGUCCGUGAAUUUUUCACACUUCUCAAAGUCCACAUUCUGAUACAGCAGCCUCGGCAAAGUCAGCUCCCACCCAAAGUGAGUAUAUGGUUAAAGGUGCAUGCAGGUGACCAGGAUAAACUUCUAGUGAACGUGCAUAAACGUCUAUGGGAAGUAAUGAGAACCUGUUCUGAUGAGGAGCUGAUAGGCUUUGGAGCAGAACUGAACAAAAUGAAAUCCUGUUUCACUAAGAAGAGUAAAGUACUUGCUCACAAAGGAAAAACAAAAUUAUAUGCAAAGUUGGUGCAGAAUGCACAGCUCCAGUGGGAAAAACUGCAGUCACGAUUAGCUAAAAUGGAUGAACUUUUAAAAGAAAUGGAUGGCUGCAUUGAUGAUCUGGAGACAGAAGCUGCUGCAUUGGAAGAGUCAGAGCUGGAUGUCAAUGAUGUCGUGUCAGCAUAUGAGUCCAAAGUGAAGAACACUGAAAGAGAGCUGGAAAACCUCAGAGUUCAAGAGGAGACUCUUCAAAGAGAUCAAUCAAAUCUCAGGGAUAAAAAGCAACAGAUAGUUUCUGAAAUACGUCAGCUUCAGGAAUAUGCAACAAAUUGUCAGGGAGUCACAGAAAAAUACAACUUUUCUGAGUGGGUGAUGAAAAAAUGGAAUGAUCACCAGGCAGUUUUCACUUUCCUUUAUGAUUCUAUUGAACUUGUUGUUGCGCUUGAGAGUCCUGUAGAUGGUGCUGUCUACAGCAACAGGAUUGUUAGUGUGAACUUUGAAUCUCUCUUGGAUGAAGCAAAUGCUUUGCCUUCAUCAAAACUCGUACAUAGGCUCAUCUUCCAGUUUAUUGACAGUCAAAGUUCAUGGCAGGAGAAAUGUUUCACAGUGCAUCACCUUUCUCAGAUGUUGCAUGAGAUAUCUCUUGUGGUGAGUCGCUGUCAGCUUCUGGGAGAAGAAAUAGAGUUUCUGAAUAGAUGGGGUGGAAAAUUUUAUCUGCUCAAAACUGAGGUGAAUGAUACAAAAGUGAAGUUCUUAUUCUCCAGUUCUAUUGCUUGUUCAAAGUUUGAAGUUGAAAUCUUUUUAACUGCCAACUAUCCUGCAUCACCAGUAGCUUUCGCCAUCCAAAAAUGCACAGGCAAACUUGGCCAAGAAGAAAUUUCUGCGGUUUUGUCUAGUGUUCCAGUAGGAACUAACUACUUGAGGCGAAUAGUCAAACAGAUCAGUCAUAAUCUGCUCCAGUGUGCUCCUUCGACGAUCCACUGACAGCAAAGAGUAUCCAUUCGAUAGUACACUCUACCUCUGGAACAUGGAAAAAAUCUUGCAUCACCUGCUGAGCAGGACUAACUCUAUGGCCCAAUCUCUACUUACAGAUAUAGGCAGCAUUAAUAUUUAGCUGUUUGGGGGAAAUUAGUGAAAAAAAGAAUUUCACAUGGUUCCUUUUAAAUGUUCUCAUCUUCAGGGGCUAACUGUGACUGCCUUUAAUUUGUACAGUUUUCAAAGUUCAAAUUCUGCAGUUAAGGGGUGUCUUCUAAGUUGCGUUAAUUUUGCUAUUUAUGUAAAAAUGUUAUUUUCUUGGUGUGGCUCACAAUAUCAAACUAACUGGAAGUACAAAAAUUAAGAGUGCUUUGGGAGAAUUGAAUGGACCUUCCAGUGAUGUUUUAGAUAUAUAAAUUCUUGAUUAUGAGAUAGACUCAAAAUUAGAUUGCAUUCAUGCUUCUCUUGGUUCAAUCCAGCUUCAGAGAAGAUGGUCAUAAUCACUAGAAUGGCAGACGUUUAUUCAGGCUGGUGGAAUUGUUUUUUGCCUCUGUAAAAUUUGUUUUACUUUAGUGACACACCCAGAAUUUCUCCAUUUUCUGGUCUGUGGUUACUGAAAAUUGCUGUAUGUAUGUAAAGUAUAUUAUUUUAAAACUUUUUUUUCAAUUUUGCAUGUCGAUUUUUUUAAAGGUUUUGGUUCCUCUUGUGGAAGAGGAAAGGUGUAAUAAACAUGUUUAAAAUAAA